AUGCCAGAUCAAGUUCCUGAUCCCCACAGCUACCGAGCUAUUCGCGCAGUCUAUACUCCGAAAACUAUAACGGUCUACCAAGCCUAUUCAUCCGAAAUUGCCAACCCAGCACUCGAGGCACAGAAAUUCAAGCUACCCUUCACCCGGGUCCGGAUGACAUGGAUCAAACCAUCUUUCUUAUGGAUGGCAUACCGCAGCGGAUGGGCAACAAAACAGCGCCAAGAGCGUGUGUUAGCUAUUGAGAUUACCCGUGAAGGAUUUGAAUGGGCUCUCAAAAAUUCAUGUCUAAGCCAUUGGGGCGCUAGCGGGCACAAUAGCACGUUGACCAAGGAACAAUGGCAGAAGCAACUACAUGCCAGCCCAGUUCGCAUACAAUGGGACCCGGAGCGGAACUUUGAAUUCCGGCCCUUGAAUUAUCGGUCUAUUCAGAUUGGACUUGGUCCCGAAGCUGUAGAGAGAUAUGUUGAUGAAUGGAUUGUUUCCAUUGUGGAUGUUACCGAUAUGAUGCACGAGAUUAGGGAUCGUGUCGAAAUGGGUUCUCUCAAGGCCGCAAGAAAGCUUUUACCGGAUGAGCAAGUUUAUCCAUUGUCGGAUGAAUUAAGGGAAACAUUGCAUGCCUCUUGA